GAUUCAGCAAGGAAGAAACUAGCGAAUAUGGUUAGAGAUAACUCCGAAGUCGGACAAGCCAGCGACAGACGGACUGAGAGGGAGAAACCAUCGCCGGCCCUAUGGAGCGAGAGGAUCAAGAAGCCCAGAAGCCUCUCCUGGUAACGGUGGCCGGGAGCAGCGGUGAUGGCCGUCAGGGAGCUGCGUCUGCCUUCUCCUCUUCCUCUUCGAUUGCCGUGGUGGUCGCCAGCACCGCCGUCGCCGUCGCCGGGUCCUUCGAGUUCGGCAUCUCGGUGGGCUACUCUUCGCCAUCUCAGCCGGGCAUCAUGCGUGAUCUUCACCUCUCCUUAGCUGAGUACUCUGUCUUUGGCUCAAUACUAACCAUUGGAGCAAUGCUAGGAGCAAUUGUCAGUGGUACCGUAGCAGACCGAGUUGGUCGAAGAUGCGCAAUGGGGACGUCAGAUGUUCUUUGCAUUCUUGGAUAUCUCUUGAUAACCUUUUCCCAGAAUUGUUGGUGGCUUGACAUUGGAAGGCUCUCAAUUGGAUGUGGAAUUGGCCUUCUUUCAUAUGUGGUUCCAGUCUAUAUAUCAGAGAUAACGCCAAAGAACCUUAGAGGAGGAUUCGCAACUGUAAACCAGUUUAUGAUAUGUUGUGGAGCAUCGCUUUCGUAUGUUCUGGGGACCUUUAUCACCUGGCGUACCUUGGCAAUCAUCGGAGUGGUACCAUGCUUACUGCAGUUGGUUGGCCUUCUUGUGAUUCCUGAAUCCCCCAGAUGGCUGGCUAGGACCGGACAUCAAGGUGCAUUUGAGUUAGCAUUACAGAGGCUAAGGGGUAAAGGAACUGAUAUCUUUGAAGAGGCAGCAGAAAUCAAAGAUUUCACAGAAAAGCUUCAGGGCCUACCAAAGUCGAAGAUGUUGGACUUGUUUCAGAAGGAUUAUAUUCAUGCUGUUACAUUCCAUGGUCAGGUUGGAGUUGGGCUAAUGGUCCUUCAACAGUUUGGGGGAGUAAAUGCCAUUUGCUUCUACGCUAGUGAAAUAUUUGUUUCGGCGGGUUUCUCAUCAGGAAACACAGGAAUGCUCGCUAUGGUUGCUGUCCAGGUUCCGAUGACAGGAUUAGGGGUGCUUCUGAUGGACAAGGCCGGAAGGAGGCCACUUUUAAUGGUCUCUGCAGCUGGAACAUGCUUGGGUUGCCUACUAGUUGGUCUCUCAUUCUUAUCUAAGGAACAACACUGGGAAAAGGACCUGAACGUAGUGUUGGCUUUGGCAGGCAUUCUGAUUUUCACUGGAUCUUUCUCACUGGGUAUGGGGGGAAUACCUUGGGUUAUAAUGUCAGAGAUCUUCCCCAUAAACAUGAAAGGAUCAGCAGGAAGCCUUGUGACCUUGGUAAGCUGGCUCGGCUCAUGGAUCGUCUCGUACACCUUCAACUUUCUCCUGAUGUGGAACUCUUACGGCACAUUCUUCAUCUUUGCAAGCAUAUGUGGGCUCACAAUUGUAUUUGUGGAGCGAUUAGUGCCAGAAACUAAAGGGAGGACCCUAGAAGAGAUUCAAGCCUCCAUGAACUUGUCCUUGACGCCCUUUCACAAAUAAUUUGCUUGUCUAAUUCCAAUAGCCGGUUCCCUGGAUACUAAGUAUGUUAGGCUUCAGUGGCUGUCUGGGAGACCAUUGAUCGUACACAUGGAGGUUUGUAUAUGACAUUUUCCCAAAAAUGUACUCCAUUUGUUCUCAAAUAGAUGUUUAAAAUUAGAAACUUUGACCAUAAAUAUGCACAAAAGUAUAUAAGAUAUAUAUUGGUAGAUUUUUCAUAAAAAUACUUUCAAAUGAUUAUGUUUUCAA